AAAAAUAGUAUUCAAAAAAGGGAACUAUUAUUUUUUUAAAAAUGUUGGAGAAAAAAUUAUUAAUUUAUUAACAACAACAACACAGUAACGCAAUCACAGAGACUCCACAGUCCAAGGAGAGUUUGAAUCAAUCAUCAUCUCUCUCUCUCUCUCUCUCUUCUCUAUCUAACUCUGGUUUGAAUCGGCGGAGACUGAGUUAACUCGGUGGAAGCUGUUGUUGUUUACGCGUAUGUGUUUUUGUUUUGAUUCAUAUAGUUUGAUGGAUCCGAGUGGGAUGAUGAACGAAGGAGGACCGUUUAAUCUUGCGGAGAUCUGGCAGUUUCCGUUGAACGGUGUUUCAACCGCCGGGGAUUCUUCGAGAAGAAGCUUCGCCGCCGGGACGAAUCAGUUCGGUGAGUCGGAUCUAACCGCCGCUGCUAACGGUGAUCCGGCGCGUAUGAGUCACGCGUUGUCACAGGCUGUGAUUGAAGGUAUCUCCGGCGCGUGGAAGCGGAGGGAAGAUGAGUCUAAGUCGGCGAAGAUCGUCGUCUCCGCUAAUGGCGCCAGUGAAGGUGAGAACAAAAGACAGAAGAAGAUAGAUGAAGUGAGUGAAGGGAAAGGUGAAGCAGGAUCGCCUGGAGGAACAGAGACGGAACAAAAGAAGCAACAGAUUGAACCAAGUAAAGAUUAUAUUCAUGUUCGAGCUAGAAGAGGUCAAGCUACUGAUAGUCACAGUUUAGCUGAAAGAGCGAGAAGAGAGAAAAUAAGCGAGCGGAUGAAGAUCUUGCAGGAUCUUGUACCCGGAUGUAACAAGGUUAUUGGGAAAGCACUUGUUCUAGAUGAGAUUAUCAACUAUAUACAAUCGUUGCAGCGUCAAGUUGAGUUCUUAUCGAUGAAGCUCGAAGCAGUCAACUCAAGAAUGAACCCUGGCAUCGAGGCUUUCCCACCCAAAGAGUUUGGUCAGCAGGCGUUUGAGAAUCCGGAGAUGCAGUUCGGAUCGCAGUCUACGAGGGAAUACAGUAGAGGAGCAUCACCAGAGUGGUUGCAUAUGCAGAUAGGAUCAGGUGGUUUCGAGAGAACAUCCUGAUAAAAGAAACAUCAACACUUGAUCAUCAUCUUACUACAAAUAAGAGAAAAUCCCGAGAAGAAAAAAAAAGCAUACAUACAUAUACAUAUGAAUCUCAUUUCUCAUUAUAGGUUUUAAAUAUAUGGAUGUGAAUAUAUACACAAUCACAUUGUUCUAAAAAGAAAGCAAACAAAAUAGAAAAGAAGAUAUAGUUAGCUUCGACAUCAUGAACAAAAAAAAAAAAAAAAAGCUGGGGAAGGCGCUUGUAAUAGAAAGAACGUUCUUUGCUAUAAAAUUGUAUCUCAUUCUUACGUAUUUGCUCAGGAAAUAAACUUAACUCAAUA